GGAUGUAAAUUACAGUAAAAAACCACCAGGGAUUAGCGAACAGUAGUGUUUUAUUUGACUCUUUAAAUACAUGUUUAUAGUUUUAUAUAUAUACGAAAUAUCUAGAGUUUAGUGGUUGUUACUAGGAAGUUUGCGAUAUGUCUAAAAAGAAAGAUUCGGACAUCCUGUCCAAGUACUCAGCUGGACAAAUACGAGAGCUAAGGGAAGCGUUCAAAUUGUUCGACAAAGAUGGCGACGGUUCGAUCACUGCGGAAGAGCUUGGAACCGUCAUGCGGAAUCUUGGACAAUUUCCGUCCAUGGACGAACUGAAUAUGAUGCUGAAAGAGAUCGACAUUGAUGGUGAUGGAACGUUUAGUUUUGAAGAGUUUGUACAAGUGAUGGCUAACAUGGGCGGACUUAGUGAACAAUCUGAGGAGGACGAAGAGAAAGAGUUGAGACAAGCUUUUACUGUUUUUGACAAAUCUGGGUGUGGCUACAUAUGCGCUUCGGAUAUCCGAGCAAUUCUACAAUGUCUAGGGGAAGAUCUUACAGAAGAAGAAAUCGAUGAAAUGAUUGCUGAGGUGGACAUUGACGGUGACGGCAGAAUAGAUUAUGACGAGUUUAUAGCGUGUGUUUGCUCCGACACAAGUGCUGACAAAGAGGACGGCAAGGAUAGAAUCUCCGCGACCGAGUCCCAAAGUGGGCAAGUCCAAACCGGACACGACGCGUCCGCAACCACAGGUUGUAGUUAAAGGAACGCAGAUCCGAGCACCUCGAAAGCACAAGAUGGUCCUGAAUAGGUUCGGUGUAUAGCAAACAUAAAUUAUGGACACAUAUAUAGCUUUUUCUUAACGUUUUUUUUCUGUUUAUUUUUUAUCUUUAACGCUUAGAUUGAGACACAUAAAUGCAAACCUGCAAAUUUCCAACAAAAUAUAUUCUUACUGAAUACAAUCGGGCAUGCAUUGUACUGUAUUAAAUAUUAGAAAUUAUAUUUGUAUUUAAAAACCCUCUAUGAAAGAACCGUAAAAAAAGGAAAUGUCGGAUGAUUUGACAACAUCACUCACGUAAACGUUUACAGUUUCGAAAAAACAUAAAAGUAGUCUAAAUACCGAGAUGAAACAUUCUUCUACUUCUGUUGUUGUGUUUCAUACCUUUAACUGUUGUAAUAAAAAGUUUUGUUUAUAUCAAAA